GAAAACAAGAAUGAAGCUACUAUAAAUCAAAGAAGGUAAAAUUUUAGAACAUAAACAUUAUAAGUAUAUUAAUUAAAGAACGGAAACAGGUCCAUUCCAUAUAUCAAACGAUAUUUCACAAAAUUUUUUUAUCAUCUAUCCUCGUUAUAAGGCUGGAUGGAAUGAAAUUAACUGUUAAGAUGGGUUGUCAAUCAUCUCGAUUGUUUCAGUAUUGCUCUUGUUUUGUUUCUUCGGUGCCAAGGCAGAAGAAAGAUUGUUGAUAUAAUCUUCUUGUCUUUUAGGAGGCAAGAAACUUUGAUGUUCCAAGUUGAAUACAUGAAAAGUAUCAGCAAAGAUGCAAAGACAAUAUCUUUGCAACCUGAGAAGUCUCAAGCAAAAACAAAGAAACAAUAAUUCUUCCAUCCAGGCUUUUCACCUCAACCCAUUUACCUUAAUGUUUCUCAUCUUCUUCAUCUUCUUUAUUCAGCUUGAAAACUCUUAUGAACUCAAUAAGCUUCCUCAGACCAUAACUAAUAUCCACCAGAAAAAUGUUAUCCAUAUGAAUCUACUGAACGCAAACAAUGAUGAUCAUCAUCAUUAAGAACUUUAUCACAACCGUCUAUUGCUGACGAUGAUACAAUCUCCGUAACCUGAACUGAAAAAUUAAGAAUCAAUGAUUCUGAUCUCUCAUCAUUGUGGGCCACAUAGAAUUUUCCGUCAUGCAGAACAACAUCUUCCGAGCCAAACAUGGAGUUUUCUCAUCCCCGUCAAAUAAUAUGGAAUCAAGAGGAGAUGCUUUGGUUCUUGAACAAGUUCGCCGACGAUUUCGGACUCGUUGAGUUGGUCAGGUUCAACUCGGAGGUCGUCCGAGUUGAGCAAAUUGAAGAGAGGGACAAAGAGUGGUCGGUGGAGUGGAGGACUCGGGGAUGCGACUCGGUGAGUCGGGAAGUAUUCGAAUCGGUUGUCGUGUGCACUGGACAUCAAAGCGUACCCCAGCUGCCUGCCGUUGCAGGUAUAGAAAAGUGGCCGGGAUAUCAAAUUCACAGCCACAACUACCGUGUUCCUGAACCAUUCAAGGAUCAGAUUGUAGUUGUAAUUGCGUAUGCAGCUAGUGGUUUUGAAAUCUCAAGAGAAAUUGCUACUGAAGCCAAACAAGUUCAUAUAGCCACAAGGGUCCCAAAUAUAGACCAUGUUUGUGAAGGUGGUAAAGUUGUGUUUCAAGAUGGAUCUUUUGUUUAUGCUGAUACCAUCCUCUAUUCUACUGGGCACAAAUACCAUUAUCCAUUUCUUGAAACCAAUGGAAUUGUAACUGUUGAACAUGUCUUUCCUCCGCGCUUAGCUCCUCGGCUGUCUUCCAUUGGAAUACCUGAUAAGGCACAAGUGUUAUCUGGUAAGAUGCUGCUACCGAAAGAAGAGGAGAUGAUGACCUCCAUCGAAGAACUUUAUAGGCAAAUGGAGGAAAAUGGGUUGCCAAAACGCCACACCCACACUAUGUAUCCGAAUGGGAUUGAAUACCACAAUUGGCUAUUUGGUCAGAUUGGAUUACCACCACAGGAGUGGAGAGGGAACAUGUUUGUAGAGAUUGUCAAGAAAAUGGUAGUAUCCAUGAAUGAUGGAUACAGAGAUGAAUGGGAUGAAGCUUACUGGGACUCAUUCAUAAAGGUUUGCAAUUACUCUCUCUCUCUUACAUAUAUGUAUAUAUAUAUAUAUAUAUAUAAAAUGUGAGUUUCAAUUUGUAACAUCCAAGUUUUGCGUUCAGUUUUUUCCUAUACAUGCAUAUCGAUCAAGUACAGUUA